CUUCAAAUUGUAGACAAUGGAAAGGAUUAGCGUAUGUUUGGUGCUAUUUCUCUGCCUGCUUGCUACUGCAACUGCCCAGAGCGCCUCUAAUGUCAGAGCAACAUACCACCUGUACAAGCCUGAGCAGAAUGGGUGGGACUUGAAUGCCGUGAGUGCGUACUGCUCGACGUGGGAUGCCAACAAGCCGUUGGCAUGGCGGAAAAAAUAUGGUUGGACGGCGUUUUGUGGACCUGUUGGGCCUACUGGACAAGCCUCCUGUGGCAAGUGCUUAAAGGUAACGAACAGUGGGACAGGAGCUCAAACAACAGCGAGAAUCGUAGAUAAAUGCGGCAAUGGAGGUCUAGAUCUGGACGAAGCCGUGUUCAACAAAAUAGACACAGAUGGAAAAGGCUACGCCCAGGGCCACCUUACUGUGAGCUACGAGUUCGUGAACUGCGGUGAUUGAAGCAAACACUACUCUAUCCUAUUCGAUUGUAUGCAUGAUGUACGAGUAGGACAAUAAAUAAAUAUCUAAUAAUCAAUCACUUUUGUGUACUAUGAAUAAAUGAUGUCCCACCGUCAUGAAUAAUUGAGAACAUGUUGUUGAACUCA